UACCGGUGCGAACAAACAAAGACGUGAUCUUUUCUUUGCAGGAGUGAAACGAUCGUUGCGGAGAAGAAGCUUCGGAUCUGAUCGUGAUCGAGUCGGAUCAGCUAUGAGCGAGCACGAGAGCCAUGGAACCAAGAGUUCGAACCCGACUCCCUCGGAGUCAAAGCCUCCUCCUCCUGCUCCUCACUCGUCGGAUUACGCUCCGUACCCUACGCUGGACCCGAACGAUGUCACUCCGCCGCCGCGUGAUUGGAGCUCCGGUACGGCUCCGAUCUCCGGUUAUGCCGCCACCACCAUGCCGCCGGAGUCCAAUCCUUACGUGUCUCCUUCUCCGGUGCCGAAGAAUAAGCUGGAUUCGGUGAAGGAUGUGUUAGGAAAGUGGGGGAAAAUGGCGGCGGAUGCGACGAAGAAGGCGGAGGAUCUCGCCGGGAACGUCUGGCAGCACUUGAAAACAGGUCCGAGUGUAGCAGAUGCUGCCGUCUCACGAAUUGCUCAGGGUACUAAAAUACUCACAGAAGGUGGCUACGAAAAGGUCUUCAAGCAAACGUUUGAGUGUGCCGAUGAUGAACGGCUUCUUAAGACAUAUGCCUCUUACUUGUCUACAUCUGCCGGUCCUGUAAUGGGAAUUCUAUAUCUGUCUACUCACAAAAUCGGAUUUUGUAGUGACAAUCCUCUCUCCUACAAAGUUGGUGACCAGACCCAAUGGAGCUAUUACAAGGUCAUAAUUCCGGUGAAUCAGCUUAAGGCAGUGAACCCAUCGACAAGCAGAGUAAACCCAUCUGAGAAAUACAUCCAAAUCAUUUCGGUGGAUAACCACGAAUUCUGGUUUUUGGGUUUGGUGAACUAUGAAAGCGCGCUGAAGAACCUUCAAGGAGCCCUCCAACCGCAGAAUCCGUGAGGUCAGUGGGAAAAUAUUCAGCUUCCACUCUACUUCUCUGGUGCAUUGUAUGAAUCUUGUGUGAAGUCUUUCUUUUCUAAUACCAUACCAGUUCAUGUGUCUGGAAUGAAUGAGAUCUUGUAAAACAUAGAUGUUAUAUACAUUUGUUGUUGUAUUAUCAUGACUGUGUCAUAGAUAAUUCCUUUACAUGUUGUUA